GGAGACUCGGCGCGCGGGAGACUCGGCGCGCGGGGCCAGCGGGCUGCCGAACUGUCAGUGGCGGUUCGCGUCCCGAGCACCGCGCGUCCCGAGCAUGGCGGGCUCCCUGCCUCCCUGCGUGGUGGACUGUGGCACCGGGUAUACCAAGCUUGGCUACGCAGGCAACACUGAGCCACAGUUCAUUAUCCCCUCAUGCAUUGCCAUCAGAGAGUCAGCAAAAGUGGUUGACCAGGCCCAGAGGAGAGUGUUGAGGGGAGUUGAUGACCUUGACUUUUUCAUAGGAGAUGAAGCCAUCGACAAACCUACCUAUGCUACAAAGUGGCCGAUACGACAUGGAAUCAUUGAAGACUGGGAUCUUAUGGAAAGAUUCAUGGAACAAGUGGUUUUUAAAUAUCUUCGAGCUGAGCCUGAGGAUCAUUAUUUUUUAAUGACAGAGCCUCCCCUGAAUACACCAGAAAAUAGAGAAUAUCUUGCAGAAAUUAUGUUUGAAUCAUUUAAUGUGCCAGGACUCUACAUUGCAGUUCAGGCAGUGCUGGCGCUCGCAGCCUCCUGGACCUCCCGACAGGUUGGCGAGCGCACGCUCACAGGGAUCGUCAUUGACAGCGGAGAUGGAGUCACCCACGUCAUCCCAGUGGCAGAAGGUUAUGUAAUUGGAAGCUGCAUCAAACACAUCCCGAUUGCAGAUAUUGUCAAGGAGUUUGCUAAGUAUGAUGUGGACCCGCAGAAGUGGAUCAAACAGUACACAGGCAUCAACAUGAUCAACCAGAAGAAGUUCAUUAUAGAUGUUGGAUACGAAAGGUUCCUGGGACCUGAAAUAUUCUUUCACCCAGAGUUUGCCAAUCCAGACUUUAUGGAGUCCAUUUCGGAUGUGGUCGAUGAAGUGAUCCAGAACUGUCCUAUUGAUGUUCGUCGCCCCCUGUAUAAGAAUGUCGUUCUUUCAGGAGGCUCCACAAUGUUCAGGGAUUUUGGACGCCGACUGCAGAGAGAUUUAAAGAGAGUGGUGGAUGCCAGGUUAAAACUCAGUGAAGAACUCAGUGGUGGCAGAAUAAAGCCCAGGCCCGUGGAGGUGCAGGUGAUAACGCAUCACAUGCAGCGCUAUGCCGUGUGGUUUGGAGGCUCCAUGCUGGCCUCAACCCCGGAGUUCUUUCAGGUCUGUCACACCAAGAAGGACUAUGAAGAGUACGGGCCCAGCAUCUGCCGCCACAACCCUGUCUUUGGAGUCAUGUCUUAGUGUCUGCCAUGGAACCGUCGCUUGAUGGCAUCCCACGGAGCCCGAGCAGAGUGUUCCUGUGCGUGUGGGGACAGUGGUGUGGCGUCCGGGCGGCGUGGGUGCAUCACCGAGUUCGUAAGGCUCUGUGCAGUCCUCCUGGUCAACGCCAUCUCUUUAUGUGUGACUUUUCUACCCCGGUCCCCUCCUCUUGCCCCGUGUCCCACCUCUUCUCCACCUGAGCUUCUCUUCCACAAGUACAGUUCUGAAGGAAUUCAAGCGCAACUUGAAAUAUUAGAGAAAAAAAGGCACACCAUCAUCCACCCAGGAAAGAAUGUGGGGGUGUAAACCCUGGUCCUCCCAGCUUAUUUUUGUAAAUAAAAUGUUAUAAACUUGAAAUAGAAAUCGAUGUUUAUAUUUCCUAUCAUUUUGUAUUUUAUGGUAUUUGGUACAACUGGCUGAUACUAAGCACGAAUAGUUAUUGAUGUCAUGGAGUGCUGUAAUAAAGUUUUUAAAUUGUGAGGCAUGUUAUGAUAUGUUUAUAGGCAAGCAGUAACAUAGCAAACUUUUUUCCAUGUUUGCUUGAAAAUGAGUACACUUUAUUAGGGCGACCUGAAGUCCGAACACCAACCAGCGCCGUAUGAGAAUUGCCGCACGCAGUGUGGCUGAGUCCUUCCAUGUGAGCUUUCUGGGAGUGCCUCACAGAGGACAAUGUGAUGUGGGGAUGUCAGAUGGAAUACUACUGCGCCAUGGUAAUAAAAGCUGUCAGAAUCUUUCUA